CUUCCGGUGGCAGGGCCUGGGGAAGGGGCGGCAGGUGCCAUGUCAGGCCGCAAAAGUGGCAAGAAGCAGCAGCCCAAGAAGCAAGCCAAGGAGAUGGACGAGGAAGAUAAGGCAUUCAAGCAGAAGCAGAAGGAGGAGCAGAAGAAACUUGAGGAGCUAAAAGCAAAGGCCACAAGGAAAGGCCCCCUGGCCACUGGUGGAACUAAGAAAUCUGGCGAAAAGUAA